AGACGGGUGGUUACACACAAAAAAAAAUAACGUUGCGGUUUUAGUCCGACCCACUCAUUCACACACCUGCGAAGAAUUUGUCAAGCGCUCACCCACCGCGACGACCCCGUUUCGUCAUCGUUAAAUCUUAAACUGCGGUGAUUUUAUGUGAUUUUGGCGGUAAUUUACAGUUUGUUUUAUGGCGUGAUAUAAAAUGCGUUGUUCGGAUUGGGGGCGUGUCUCCAAGCGCGAGCUGUAGGACACAUUUCUUUUCCAUCUGUUAUUCUGUAACACUUUUAACAAGGAUAUUUUGACUACAUAAUAUAGUAGUCAGACAGAUGCACCUAAACGCCUGUCUCUGAGUAACGUAGUAAGUAGAUUAGAUCGCAGUCACAACAUGUAGAUAAAAUUACAUGCGCGAUAUUUUCUCUCUCUGUGAGGGUUUUCAGCAGUAGCAGUGCGCUUUCGGUUCCCCUUUCUGUUAAAGCUGAACGGGCCCGUCUCGUCUCAUAAUAUCCUGAAACAUGGAGCACACCGGCUGCGUCAACAUCUGCAGUCUCACCAGCACCUUACCGGUGAUCCCGUAUCGGAAACUAACGGACCUGCACUACAUCAGUAAAGGAGGCUUUGGGACCGUGUUCAGGGCGCAGCACAGUGACUGGCGCACCACAGUGGCGAUCAAGUGCUUGAAACUGGAUUCACCGGUUGGUGAGAGGGAAAGGAAUUGUUUAUUGAAGGAAGCUGAGGUGCUUCACAAAGCUCGAUUUAACCACAUCAUCCAGAUCUUUGGGGUGUGUAACGAGCCUGAAUUCUUCUGCAUUGUGACUGAGUACAUGACCAACGGAUCACUGGAUGAGCUCCUACAUGAGAAAGAUAUGUACCCAGUGGUGGCCUGGCCCUUGAGGCUGCGUAUUCUUUAUGAGAUUGCUUUAGGAGUCAACUUCCUCCACAAUAUGACACCACCCCUUCUACACCAUGAUCUUAAAACUCAGAACAUCCUGAUGGAUGGGGAGUACCAUGUUAAGAUAGCUGAUUUUGGCUUAUCUAAAUGGCGCCAGCUCUCUAUCACUAAAGGGUCCGGCUCUAAACCUGCCGAAAUGGGAGGCACAGUCAUCUAUAUGCCACCUGAGGAGUAUGAACCUUCCAAGAACCGCAGAGCUGAUGUCAAAUAUGACAUGUACAGUUAUGCCAUUAUCAUGUGGGAAGUGCUUUCAAGACGGAUACCAUUUGAAGAGGCCACCAAUCCCAUGCAGAUCAUGUUCAGCGUUCUCCGAGGAUCUCGACCCGACACGGGCCUGGAGAGUCUGCCUGCAGACAUCCCCAGUCGAGAGACCCUCAUUAACCUCAUGACCUGCGGCUGGACCGCCAACCCAGAUGAACGGCCCUCCUUUCUCAAUUGUCUCAUUGAACUGGAGCCCAUGUUGAGAAGAUUUGAUGAGAUUGAUUUCUUGGAAGCAGUUUUGGAAGUCAAACGAAGUAAGUACAUGAGACCAUCAAGCUGCUGCUCAUCGACUCAAACAAACGGGAAAAGAAUUGAGGAAAAGACUGUGAAGGAGCAAAAUGUUCCUUGGCCAGACAACAGUUCCACAUCUGGAUCAGGAUCCUGCUCUUCCCAGGAAGCAGAAAUGUCCCAUCCGGGCUUCCUUACUAUAUCAAAUCCAUCUCAAGGUGUGUCAGGUGCUCAGGCUGGUCCACAGACAUCAAUAAUGUCCCUUCCACUUGAUCCUCCAAAGCCUCUUGUGGACCACUGCUCUCGGAACAACCUCAGCCCUGAAUACCAGACGGCGCAGGUUGUGUCCGACCUCAACAUACCUAUCAAACCCCAUGUGCCCCAGAGCGAAAGUGACCUGGCUCUUGCCAUACAACCCCUCACGCUGCAGGCACACCCACAAGAUUAUGUCACAGCACUGGACACUCAAGGUCCAGCGGCUCGCUGGAUUGCUGCCCGAAGGGAGGAAAUCGUGCGACAGAUGACGGAGGCGUGUCUCAAUCAGAGUUUAGAUGCUCUCUUGUCCCGUGAGCUGCUGAUGCGUGAGGAUUACGAACUGGUCGUGAACCAGCCCACACGUACUGCCAAAGUGCGAAAGCUUCUGGACACUUGCGAGCGGCAUAGCGAGGACUUCUGCCGCGUGGUGGUGCGAAAGCUCCAGGACAACAAACAGAUGGGCCUGCACCCCUUCCCCGACCUUAGCACCACCAGCCCUCCACCGCCACCUUAUACCGCCCCCAGCGCCCCGUUCCUCUCCAACUCCUUCAACAACACACGAAACUUCUGACCUUCUCCCAAUCACUGCUCUUGAACUGGAGCUCUGUGAGUCCUUCUGUCAGUUAAGGAUGGGUUCCUGAUCACAUGCUCUUACAUUUGUUUGUGCUGCUUGGCUGAUACUUUGUAUGCCUGGACAAGUACUUUUUCCCUUGUGGUUAAGGUGUUGGUGCCUAUGACACACUUUGUGUGGUAUCAACUUGAACGGUUGCUUUACACGCAUUGACCGACUUGGGUCAAACAACCACUUGGCUUGUUUCGACUUCUGAACUAUAGUGGUUGUUGGCGUAAUGCGUAAAUAAAGGGGACGCAAAUUUAAGCAGUACAGUGGUUUAACAUUGUCACGUUUAAACCUUUAUUCCAGCCAUUAAACGAAUCUGGUUGCUGCUACUCGGAAAAGCAGUGGAACACCUAAGCAAUCGAUCCUUUCUUGUCAUUUGCACUUUCCAUGCCAGCAAAUUUAGUAAAAUAGAAGACUUGAGGUAAAAAAAAACAAAAAAAAACAACAACAACAACACACACACCCUCCUGUCAUGCCAAGUAACGUCUAUAUCACUGCACAGUUACAUGUCUAGACUUGAUGAAAACUCAUGUGAAUCAGCAGUUUCGUUCUUCCUUUUUGUAAACCAGUCCUUUUUUCCCACACUUGCACUCAGAGUGAGGUCUGUUGAUUGUUUCGCUUUGUGUUAAAUGCUGUGUCAGGGUUGGUGGACAUUUUGCACUUGUAGACCUUAGUCAGGGCAGACGCGGUUAAAGGGAUAGUUCACCCAGAAAUGAAAAUUCUGUCAUUAAUUACUCACCCUCAUGUCGUUCCAAACUGGUGAGACCUUCGUUCAUCUUCAAAAGACAGAUUGAGAUAUCUUUGAUGAAAUCCAAAAGCUUUAUAACCUUGCACAGGCAGAAACACAACUGACACUUUCAAGGCCCAGAAAGGUAGUGAGGACAUCAAUUAAAAUAGUCCAUUUGACAUAACUGGUUCAACCAGUUGUUGAAUAAAUCGUUAUUUUUGUGCAAAAAAAGUGUUCUUGUAGCUUCAUAACAGUACAGUUGAACCACUGAUGUCACGUGGACUAUUUUAACAGUGUUCUUACUACCUUUCUGGGUCUUGAAUGUGUUGCGUUGCUGUCUAUGCAGGGUCAGAAAACUCUUGGAUUUCAUCAAAAAUGUCUUCAUUUGUGUUCCGAAGAUGAAUAAAGAUCUUAUGGGUUUGAAACGACAUGAGGGUGAGUAAUUAAUGACAGAAUUUUCAUUUUUGGGUAAACUAUCCCUUUAAGGCUUUGAGUUGAACGUUACAAUGUGUACAAUGGAUUCUACAAUAGACAAAGUCAACAAAUACCUUGUUUUUCGUUUGCAUCACUGGAAGUUCAAAAUAAAGUCUGUUGGCCAUGAAGGGAUAGUUCACCUAAAAAAAGAGAUAUUGUCCUUAUGUUGUUUCAAACCUAUAUGACUUUCUUUCUUUUGAAGAAUGUUUUCGUCAGUGGGGUCCAGUGUUGGGUUUUUUGGACCCCAUUGACUUUUAUUGCACAAAAACGUUCUUAAGAACGAAACUCAUACAGGUUUUGAACGACAUGAGGGUGAGUAAAUGACCACUCUAUUUUCUGGGUUUUUAAUUUUCAUCCUUUUUAAACUAUUCCGAGUGCCAAAAAGCUUUGACAUGUUUGGAUUUUUGUAGUCUCUUUUGUAGAAUUGAUUGUUGUUCUUGCCCAGCUGCCAUUGACGGACUGAACAAACCGAGCUCUUUCUUUCCUUGGUGACUACUGUAGCAUCCUGUUCGUAAGCAAUAUUAGACAGCACAUUCGAUCACGAAGCCGAGUCAGUCCAGGCUGAAUAGGGCAGUACACUGGAGUAGGCCAACUUUACACACAAGCUUUUCUUCUGUUAUGUUUUGCUGUUCUCAAACGGCAUGUCAGUCAAGAGCAUUAACUUCGUAAUAAACAAGAUAAUCAGUAACCUUCUUAUUGAGUUGUUCACACUUCAGCUUUGAUGAGUGUCUUGGAUAAGUCCUUUUUUAGUAAGUAUUGUGCCAUCUGCAGUAUGUAGCCUAGUUUUCACUGGUUAUCAUUGACUCCAGAUGUAGCAGCAGACAGAGAACAGUUUACAGCACUUUUAAUACAUAAAACAGACUCUAGCAUGAGGCAACUGUAUUAAAUAUACUGAUGUUUACAUCACAUCUGGAUAGAUUUUAAGAAAUGCUACUGGCAAGAUGCUUUAGUAUUUAGUGACUUGCUACUGUUUAUACAACCGUUGCCAGUUCAGACCAGCAGUCGUUGGAAGAUUUGAUUUCCACUGUUUAUUACGCUUGAGACGUUUGACGUUAUUUAGAAACGAAACCAAAGGGAAUGAGUUAGCACUGUAAAUAUCGGCUCUACUGAUCUUUAAGCAGAACACAAACGGAAAUUCAUGAUGCUGAAUUAAUUUUGUGCUGAUGUUUUGAUCUUUUUGCUCGACCGAUGAGCCAGUCAUGUGCUUGAUUAUAUGAAGCAUUUGAUAAGUGUUUUGCUAUUCCUGUUUUCUCUCUUUCAGUGUUUUCAGGUAUUGAAUUCCUGUGCUGGUGGGUUUUGCAUGCGUUUGCGCUGUAGACUUCCCCUCUGUGCAAACAGACAUUGUUUUAGAGGCCUUAUCGAUACAGAGGUGAUGUAUUUUCCCUAGAUUGAUUACGUUUGUCCCCUGGAAUGUCCUGACAUUGGAUGUUUUUUCAUGUUUCCUUCUCUAAAUCGGUCACGCUGUAGUUUUGGACUUAAUUUCGGUACGUGUCGGAUGAGGACCUCACUGUUGACCUUAGAAAUUGAGUCAGUGCUAAGUUGGUGUUUGAUGUUAUUGACUCAAUGUUAUUACCAUUGCAAGAAUCAGAUCUGUGUUUGUUAUUUACAUUUUUAUGAACGGAAAGAAUUUUUUUAAUUGCAGAUUCUUAUGUUGACUCUCCAGGGUUUGGGACCAUUUACAAUAUCGAGAGUAUGUAUGGCCUGUUAUCGUUUUGUAUUUAUUUAUAGAGUUUCUUAGUGAUAAUUUACAUGCAUCUUAAGUAGUUUGUAAUGGGUUGUUGUGUUUUUGUUCUUUUGUUUGUUUGUUUUUUUUCUAUAUAGUUUUUAAAAUGUUACUUGCUUUUAAGUGCUGUGCCAAUCCAGUGAUGUUAUGAGGCUGAAUGCAUCUUUAGAUUAUUCAGAGGCUGAAUAUACUUUAGCACUCAUUUCAGCAAUAUAUCAGACAAAUACUGAAUUACCUAAUGGGAUGUUUAGGUCUCUGGAUACAGAAAAUGUUGCAUUUUCAUAUCACAUUUUUAAAAAAAAAAUCACACAGGCUAGGGAUGACUACUACUGAUAAUCAAUGUUCAUUUUUUGCCUUGAAGCUCUUAGACUUAAGAUCUAAAUGGCUUGUCAUCAAAUAUAAAAUGACAAUAAUGUAUAGCAUAUGUAGCAGUGUACAAGUAGCAUACAUCUGUGCUCUGUUACUAUGUGAGGAACUUCCACAAAAAUGGUAAACUUUCAAGUGUUAUUAAAAUGUGUAGAAUUUCCUGAA